UAUCAAAGAAGACAAAACUGCGUAAAAUUUGGGGACUUGGGAGUCUGGUCAACUAUGAACUUUCGGCUCCUUGAUGACCUUUAAUUGGGGGAAUCCGCUUCCAAUUUCCCUCUAAUCGCUACCAGACAAUCGCUACCAGCCGUCGCAACCUCAAAUCUCCACUGGCCACGGACGAGGGUUACGUUUCUUUUUCCUCCUUUGAGAAAAGUCAUAAAAGGCGUUCGAUUCGAGCUCCACUGUUGCAAAAGUUGCACAUGAGGUAAAUUUCGGGACUGGCCCUUGUGAGAGAGUUCCUCGAGUGUAUCGUAGCUCAAAUUCUCGGAUCCUUUAUCUUGAUAAUGGAGGAUUUCAAAUCCAACUCCUAUGUGGAUGGAAGAAUGCAGAUUGAGAACUACUAUGGAAACGAAUCAAGAGGAGGACCGAACGGUUCCGGCGGAAUGGGUAUGCAAGAUUUUCGUUGUUACAGUGCGUCGUAUGCUUCGUCUGCGAAUCCAACUCAGAUGGGGAAUGAUUUGAAGCUCAAGAAAGGGAAAUCGACGAAUGGAUUCUCGUCGAAGAGCUGGAGUUUCAACGAUCCGGAGAUGCAGAGAAAGAGGAGGGUUGCUAGCUACAAGGUUUAUACUGUGGAAGGCAAAGUCAAAGGGUCUUUUAGAAAGAGCUUCAGGUGGCUCAAGGAAAGAUGCUCUCGAAUGGUCUUUGGAUGGUAACGAUCGGCUUAAAUUGGCACCUUGACUAAUGUAACGCCAUAUAGCAUGACCCAACAACAUUAGACGUUGAAUGGAAGGUAACUUUUUCGAGAGCAUGCCUUAACUUAAAAGAUAUCAAAGAAAACUUAUAAGAUAUGUGAUAUGUUGGUGGACAUAUAGACCAUUUAGAUUUCUUUAUGAGCUCUUUAAUUUGCCUCUUUUUUAGAUUUGCUGUUUCCAUGAGAACUUUAUUUUCGUACGAAUUAAGAAUCUUAUCUUUAUUUUGAGAAUAUAUCCUUGAGAUCGCUGAGAACUAAA